AUGGCUGGCCGUGCGCUGUUGUUGUGCGCCCUCUGCGCGCUGUGCUGCGCCGCCGGCGGGGGCUGGGCGUGGGACCACCUGUGCGCUGAAGAUGGAAAGGAGCUGUUGAACUUUACAGGGGGCCAGAGCUGGAGGUUCUGCCCUUACAACGAAACUUUUGCGGCGACCACGAAAAAUAAACCUGCUGCAGCUGCCGGUGUUUCCACGGCUGUCGGUGGGAAUGGGCAGGCCGCCGGAAGUGUCGGCGGUGAUGUGGGAGCAACAGUGUCGGUUUCCGACGCGUCCGAUGGGAACUCACGUGGGACGGAUGUGCGGGGCCCCCAGGCAGCGCAACCUCGACCCUCUCCUCAAGUGUCGCCACAACCUCAGAGCGAAGAGGAAGUCGGGCGGGCGCAGAGCACCGCCGAAGAUGCGUCAAAAGAGCAAAGAGAAGGAGAAACAGCUGCAAUUGCCGAAGGUGCCCGAGGUGACCAGGGGGCUGAAAGAGCAAAGCAGGCACCUGCGCACUCUCCUUCCACAGCUGAGGGCGAAGAUGCUGUCGUCGGCGGGCUGACCAAAGAGCGCACGGUGGGGAAGGCCGCCACGGAGGCUUCACCGCCUGAGAGCGCGGUGCAACGAAGCCCGGUCCAGCGCGGCAAUACCCCCGCCGUUACGGCAGUUGCUGGGGAAGCUUCAGAAGCGGCACAAGACACUGCCGGUGGCGGGGGAAGUAAUAACUCCGGGAGUAACAGCAGCAGCGGCCCCGCGGUGCAGCCGCAGCCGGCGAGUUCCGUGGCGGCAAUCGAGACUGGUGAUGCAGAACAAAAGGAGCAGCUCGCAGUGCCCACACCCAAGCAGGAAACGGAAACGAGUGGUGAGAGAGGAGGAAAAACCACUCAGCCGGCAGCGGGGGCGGCUGCUCAAGCGGCGACCACCACCAACUCGACGAGUGCAGCGAAGGCGGAGCCCGGCGACAGCGACAGCGACGGCAGCGGCACCGCGGCCUCGCACUCCGCCUCCCCCCUUGCGCUGCUUCUUCUGCUUGCGUGUGCGGCUGCCGCUGCGAUGCUGGCCGCGUGA